AUGCUGCCUUUUACGAGCGCAGUGUUUAUGACCUGGUUGUUCAUUGCAAAUGCUGAGCAGUGUGAAGAGUGUGGAGCGAUGUCUUUCCUUCAGAUGGCACUUGGCAAGGAGAAGCAGAAGAUCAAGCGAAUGCACCGAGUAGAAGGAGCAAGCUAUGAUCUUCCGUGCCCUUCUCCUGCAGAGAUGCAGAGUCCGUUUGCAGAGCAAGUUGCUGCAAUGAUGAGCGGAUCGAAUCACUCGGCAGCCCGGCUUACAUCUUUAGAAGGCUGCGCCAUGCUAUUUGCAUGCGUGGACAGCGGCAGCAAAACGGAGCAGGAUUCAUGGGCCAACGCCAAGGCCGUUGACCUGGCGGUCUACAGCCUCCGAACCUGGCCCCAUGAUGAGGCCAUCCAGGUGACGUGUGCCAGCGCCGUGGGCCCGGUGAUCUUGUUCCACCGUCCCAAUGGGCUGCGAGCUGGGAUUGUCAAGGCUUCCAAGGAUUUCCAUGAAAAAACUGCCUAUCUGGGUGAGGCCUAUUAUGGAUCCCACAUGGACAACGAACUGGUCACUGGCCUGGGAGGCGCUAUCGGCUCUUACUUCGACAAGAGCAACGAGAACCGGCAGAUUGCUCUGAUUUUUUGGGUGGCCAGGUACAGCGACUGGGCGUAUGAGCCGGUGAAGCAGUCGCUCUUCGGCUUAUCCUCGGGAACGUGGACGAAUCAAGACGUUGCCGCGCGGAUGCAGAUCGUCCCCUUGCAUGUUCAGCUGAUGAAGGAGCACGGGAACGAGACGAAGAUCGGGGAGGAGACCCUGCAGGCUGUCAAGGCGAUGCUCUAUGGGCGGGACUCCUUCCGGUGGAACUACACCAACGCAGGCAUCUUUGAGGCCUUGGUGGGUGUCCUGCGGGGCAAUCCCACUGAUCGUGGUGCCAUCAGCCUCAGCUGCGAGAGCAUCGUCUGCUUGGUGGGCGUCACCUUCAUGUUUGGGCCCACACUUCGUUUGCCGCGUCUCUUGGCCUUUGACCCGGCGAUCCAGGCGAAAGCCACUGAGGCUGGAAUACUUGAGGCCUGGGUGGGCUGGUGGAGGAACAGACUGAGCGCGGAACCUUGGGGGUUCAUAUUGGUUUCAUUUUCCCUUCUCGAUUCUAGAUUCCUUCCUGUGAGUAUCUGGGGAGCUUGUAGGAAUGACUACCUGUAG